AAUUCUUAAUUCUGGAUACGAAGCGCGAACUUGCUGUUUACUUCUCAUUCGGUUCCCUUUAAUUACGCGUAAUUUUCUAUAUUUAUCCGAUUGUAUUCGAAUGUCGGCCGGUCCCACAUCUUAUUCCGCGCCACUGUGUCGAGCGCUGCGCGACGUUAACGACGAUAACAACGACGAUGCGAGGGUACGUGAGAUGUGUAGCUGAUAGGGCUCGUCUUUGCGAUGCUCCUGUGUAAUCAAUCGACGUGAGUUUCUCACACUUUUCCACGGGCUUCCUCGUUGCCUCCUGGGUCAUCUCUGGUGCGUUAUCCCCUUGCGAUUGCACGACGACCGUCGACUGGUCUGAAUUCCGAAGCUUGUUUGCUGAAAGAAUGGAUUCUUCCGGAGGAGAUAAAGAAGUCUGGGGGGACGAGAAGAUUACAAAACAAGGUUUAGGACGUGGACGUUCUCAAUUAUAUCCAGAGAAACUCAGACGACCACGUAAUGCAACUGCUGGUCAAUCCAGCACAGGAUCCAAUUCUUCGACAACGACAACGACGAUACUUGAUCAAAAAGAAAAGAAAUAUGUGCUAUCGCCACAGGCAGCAGAGUUUGUUCCGAGAGUCAGACUCUCACAGUCUUCUUUACCCCAGCCUCCCUAUCAAAAGACUUCUAUACAAGAUAGAAUCAGAUUAGCACGAGAAGCACCACCAAAUGUACAUAUACCUCCAGAGAAAGAAGUUAGCGUUCUUGAAAAUUCUUUUGAACAAUGCAAUAUACAAGAUGAGAAUAUAGGAAAUUACAACAAUCACGAAAUUGGCCAAUACGAUAAUGAAGAUAAACAACAGAACGAAGAAACUUGCAAAGAAACUUACCUCCUUAAAGAGGAUCUUUAUAUCAUUAUUGAUAUUUUAAUUGUAAAUCCUGCCGAGUUUUCCAAUCUAGUGCCACCAUUCAUAGACAGGAUUAUGUCGAGCGGGGACGUGUAUUUUCUACAAAUAGUUAUGACAACAAUAAUCGAAUGGUCCAUAGCUGAAAGCAAUUUUCGAUAUAAUGGAGCUCGAUUCUUUGAAUAUUGGGAUACGAGUUUAGGAAAUUCCAAGGAGUAUCACAAAUUUUCCAAAGAAUUAUUUAGGGACUCUUUGUGUUACCAAUGUAAAUGGCAGACUGGAAUUUUCAUACCCGAAUGGUUCAACCAACCCGAGGAUCAACGAGAUCAACGAAAGUGCAAUGGAUUGAUAUUGUUUUUAGCGGAGUUAGUCGCCCAAAUGGACGAAUCUUACGCUUUUAUUUUAGGAGAAAUCUUGAUAUCAUUUAUUACUAAGGUGUUACAAAGACCGGCGUCGAGCUCAGUCAAAUACAUAUGCCAAGCACUUAAAUUAGCGGGCCACGUGUUGGAGAAAGAUAAAAGCAGGAGUAAGGAUAUGGAAAAUAUGAUGCGGGCGCUAACGGAAUUAGUAAAUAACGGACAAGUAGACACGCAUGUAGGAAAUAUGGUGAAUAGUGUCCAUGAAUUACGGAAAGAUUGGGGAAACGCAUCAAAUUGUGAUUUAUCUAAAUCGAACAAUUCAUUAUUAAAUGAGAUACCGCGACAACCCGAUCAAUUGGGUGCAUCUAAUUAUAAUUCGCCCGAAAUGAAUAAUGCACUAUUGAAAGACGUUCAAUAUCCAGUAUCGCAGCAAAUAUCGCUGAAUCAACCGGUAAUGUACGGUCCCGACGGCGAGAUUCUUUCUGCGGAAGAAAGCGAAUUCCUCCAGGAGCAUGUAAAAUCGGAAGAUCAAGAGAUAUCGGAAGGAGAGGAAAUCGAGGAUGAUAAUUUCGAUGAUGAAAUUGCGAUUGCUUACGAAGAAUUCUUAAAAGAUAAGUGCUAAUAAAAUUCAAGAUAGUGCACGUAGUCUCUUUCAGAAACAAGUACCAUGGCACAAAUAUCUUGUUAUAAAUACAAGUAAUAUUUUAAAGGCUGUAUGAUUUUAAAAGACAGGUUUUAACUGCGAUAACUUUAAAAAUCAAAUAUGAGAUAUUUAUAUCACAAGAAAGGUAGGAUAAAAAUAAAUUAUUACAUACCACGUCGAUUCAUGGAAAGGAAUGCACCAAAUAUGAAUAA